CGUAUGUUUAUUGCUCAUUAGCAAACGGCAAUAACUUAAAAUAACUCUUAACUAAUAGCUAAUAAAUCUAACGGACAUGUAUGAAAAUAUAAUUUUAGCUCAUUUUGUAAAUUACCACUUUUAAGAAAACAAGUUUAGUGUUUUUAUGUUCUUCGCACGUACUAGUUUUAUUUCAAAUAUGUUCUUUGCACUGUUAUUACUAAUACUAAAAGGAGAUGCAUCGAUUUUUAUUGCUUGCAACGAUGAACAAACCACUGAUUGCGGUAUCGUAUCUGAUUGUGUGGUAGAAAACACAAAAAUUUGCGCAUUGGGCAAGCAAACUGUUUGCUUCAGAUAUUUUGAAUCUAUGUGUCAUCUAAAGUAUGAGGAAUGCAAAAAACAACAAGAGUACAUCGUUUUUUUGGACGUAUACUGUGAGAACCCAGCUUUUAUGUGCAGUAAAGAAGAUGAAGAUUUUGAUUGAGUGAUUAAAAGGAGUUAAAAUAUAUUUAUAUGUAUCUACAUGUAUCUACUUAGUUAGUGUAUAAGCGCACCGCUCAAAAAUUUUUGUAACUACAUAUGUAUGUGUGUUUGUAUAUGCACACAAGUAAUUUAUGCAAAUAAACACACGUUUUGAGAUAAUCUUA